AUGCUAGUGGAAUAUUGUGAAAGCUUUUUAUUCUCAUUAAUAGCGUCGGUAAUAAGUGUUGUCACGUUUUGUUAUAUAUUUUUUGAAUACGUUUGGAAAUUAAUCGAAGUAAACACGGAGAACAUGGCGGACGAUUCCGUCCAAUUACCACAGGAGCAGCGUUCGUCGAGCGAGAGCGAUAAUUUUGAAAAAAUCGACUCCGAUGAAGGACGAAAUGUAGAGCCUACAUUUAUUGUCGGCGAUGAAUCCGAUCCGGGACUGGACGACGGGCCGGCCCACGAGGGGAGAGACUUAUUCCCCAACGCCCCUCCAGCGAACAUCAGGAGGAUGUUGACUCCAGCUCAGCAGCUAGCCUUGGCCGAGAAGAGGAGUCGACUAAGGCCGUCUAUGUCCCAAGGAACAGUGGUGCACAGUCAGCGUUUCCAAGAAAAGGAUUUUACAGUUGCCACUCCAGAAGAGUUUGUGAGACGGUUCCAGGGUACAAAGCCAAUAAAUAAAAUAUUGAUAGCUAAUAACGGUAUUGGUGCUGUAAAAUGUAUGCGUUCAAUUCGAAGAUGGUCCUACGAGAUGUUCAAGAACGAACGGGCUGUGAGAUUUGUGGUUAUGGUGACCCCGGAAGAUCUGAAAGCAAACGCAGAAUACAUAAAGAUGGCUGAUCAUUAUGUGCCAGUGCCUGGUGGAUCGAACAAUAACAAUUAUGCCAAUGUGGAGCUUAUCGUUGAUAUAGCAGUUAGAACGCAAGUUCAGGCCGUAUGGGCUGGGUGGGGUCACGCUUCCGAGAACCCCAAGUUGCCGGAGCUGUUGCACCGAGCCGGGGUUGUGUUCAUAGGCCCCCCGGAGAAGGCCAUGUGGGCGCUCGGAGACAAAAUCGCAUCAUCCAUUGUGGCUCAGACUGCGGACAUACCUACCCUACCUUGGAGCGGAAGCAAACUGAAGGCCGAAUACAAUUCGAAGAAGAUAAAGAUAUCAUCGGAACUGUUCUCGAAGGGCUGCGUGUCCUCACCGGAGCACGGGCUGCAGGCUGCACAGAAAAUUGGAUUCCCCGUUAUGAUCAAGGCGUCGGAAGGCGGCGGCGGCAAGGGUAUAAGGAAAGUCGAGAAUCCGGAUGACUUCAACAACAUGUUUAGACAGGUCCAAGCCGAGGUCCCGGGCUCCCCUAUAUUCGUGAUGAAGCUCGCGAAGUCCGCCCGCCACUUGGAGGUGCAGCUCCUCGCAGACCAGUACGGUAACGCGAUAUCGCUCUUCGGGCGCGAUUGCUCCAUCCAGCGUCGCCAUCAGAAGAUCAUCGAGGAAGCACCGGCCGCCGUCGCGAAGCCAGAUGUCUUCAUCGAGAUGGAGAAGGCCGCGGUGCGUCUGGCCAAGAUGGUGGGCUACGUUAGCGCGGGAACAGUGGAGUACCUGUACGAUCCCUCGAGCGGCUCCUACUACUUCCUAGAGCUGAACCCUCGACUCCAGGUGGAGCAUCCCUGCACAGAGAUGGUGGCAGACGUGAAUCUACCGGCCGCACAACUUCAGAUUGCUAUGGGUCUCCCUCUGUACCACAUAAAAGAUAUACGUCUUCUAUACGGAGAGUCGCCGUGGGGCAUGACCCAGAUCGAUUUUGACGAGCCGAAGCAGCGACCCUCGCCCUGGGGCCACGUCAUCGCCGCCAGGAUCACCUCGGAAAAUCCGGACGAAGGUUUCAAGCCUUCUUCCGGAACGGUCCAGGAGCUGAACUUCAGGUCCUCGAAGAACGUGUGGGGCUACUUCAGCGUGGCGGCGUCCGGCGGCCUGCACGAGUUCGCGGACUCGCAGUUCGGACACUGCUUCUCCUGGGGCGAGACCCGGGAGCAGGCAAGAGAAAACCUGGUGAUAGCCCUCAAGGAGCUGAGCAUACGGGGCGACUUCCGAACGACCGUGGAGUACCUCAUCACGUUGCUGGAGACGACCUCAUUCCAGGAGAACAACAUCGACACCAGCUGGCUGGACGCUCUUAUUGCGGAGAGGAUGCAAUCGGAGAAGCCGGACAUCAUGCUGGGCGUCAUAUGCGGCUCGAUUCUGAUCGCCGACAGCAUCAUCACGGCCAACUUCCAGGAGUUCAAGAGCGCGCUCGAGAAAGGUCAGAUCCAAGGGUCGAGCCAGCUGUCGAACACGGUGGAGGUGGAGCUCAUCCACAGCGGACACAAGUACAAGGUGUCGGCGACCAAGUCCGGCCUCACGUCCUACUUCCUGGCCAUGAACGGCAGCUUCAAGGAGCUGGAGGUGCACAAGCUGACCGACGGCGGUACUCUCUUGUCGGUGGACGGCGCCUCCUUCACGACUUACUUGAAAGACGAAGUGGACAAGUACAGGAUAGUCAUAGGAAACCAGACGGUGGUCUUCGAAAAGGAGAAGGACCCUUCGAGUCUGAGGGCCCCUUCAGCGGGGAAGCUGAUCAACACGCUGGUGGAAGACGGAGGGCACGUCGACAAGGGACAGCCCUACGCUGAGAUCGAGGUGAUGAAAAUGGUGAUGACGCUGUCCGCCCCGGAAUCUGGCAAGGUCACGUGGAAUCUGCGGCCCGGAGCGGUCCUGGACAUGGGCUCCAUGAUCGGGACUCUGGAAUUGGACGACCCGUCGCUGGUGACGACGGCCCAGCCGUACAAGGGCCAGUUCUCGUUGGACGACAACGCUACCGUCUCGGAGAAGCUGAAUCACGCCCACAACAAGUACAGAGCGAUACUGGAGAACACGUUGGCCGGGUACUGGCUGCCCGAGCCGUACAACACGCCGCGACUCCGCGAGGUCGUGGAGAAGUUCAUGCAGAGCCUGCGGGACCCCUCGCUGCCCCUGCUGGAGCUCCAGGAGGUGCUGUCGUCAACCUCGGGCCGGAUUCCCAUAGCGGUGGAGAAGAAGGUCCGUAAGCUGAUGGCGCUGUACGAGCGGAACAUCACCAGCGUGCUGGCGCAGUUCCCCAGCCAGCAGAUAGCCAGCGUCAUCGACCACCACGCGGCGUCGCUGCAGAAGAGGUCGGACCGUGACGUGUUCUUCAUGAGCACGCAGGCGCUGGUGCUGCUGGUGCAGCGGUACAGGAAUGGUAUCAGAGGCAGAAUGAAGGCGGCCGUGCACGAUCUGCUCAAGCAGUACUUCCAGGUCGAGAGUAACUUCCAGCUGGGCUCGUACGACAAGUGCGUGGUGGCCCUCCGCGAGCGCCACAAGGACGACAUGCAGGCCGUCGCCAACAUGAUCUUCUCCCACAACCAGGUCGCCAAGAAGAAUUUGCUGGUGACGCUGCUGAUAGACCACCUGUGGUCCAACGAGCCAGGGUUGACGGACGAGCUGGCGGCCACGCUGAACGAACUGACUUCCCUCCACCGAGCCGAGCACAGCCGCGUGGCCCUACGAGCGAGACAGGUGCUGAUCGCGGCGCACCAGCCCGCCUACGAGCUCCGCCACAACCAGAUGGAGUCGAUAUUCCUGUCGGCGGUGGACAUGUACGGGCACGACUUCCACCCGGAGAACCUGCAGAAGCUGAUCCUGUCCGAGACCUCGAUAUUCGAUAUACUGCACGACUUCUUCUACCACAUGAACGCAGCGGUUUGCAACGCAGCUCUGGAGGUGUACGUGCGUCGCGCCUACACAUCCUACGACAUCGCCUGUCUCCAACAUCUGGCGUUGUCUGGCGAGCUGGGAGUGGUACAUUUCCAGUUCAUCCUGCCCACAGGACAUCCUAACCGGAUACCGCUGUCCCAAUCGGAGAUUGAGCUCUCAGCGAGCGAGGACAAGGUCGGGAUACCGGCCGAGCUGAGCGCAGCCGCCAUGCGCAAGUGUCACCACCGGACCGGAGCGCUGGCGGCCUUCCUCUCGUUCGACCAGUUCGUGCAGUACGCUGAUGAGCUCUUGGACCUGGUGCACGACUUUGCUAGUUCGGCCUCGGUCAGGAAGGAGGAUCUCGCGGCGCUGCAGGAGGGCAGCGAGAGCCGCGACAGCACGAGCAUCAACGUCGGCUUAGACUACAAGCAGAACAUCAUCGACGAGGAGGUGCCGCUGGAACCGAUCCAUAUCCUGAUGAUCGGGGUGAGGGACAAUGGGGAGGCAGAUGACAGUGCCGUCUCACGUCGCUUCGGGAACUUCUGCAGGGCCCACCGACACGAGCUGCAUCACAAGCGGAUCCGAAGAAUCACCUUUAUGCUGCUCAUCAAACGUCAGUUCCCCAAGUUCUUCACGUACCGCGCCCGCAACGACUUUACCGAGGACACGAUCUACCGCCACCUGGAGCCGGCCUCCGCCUUCCAGCUGGAGCUGUACAGGAUGAGGAGCUACGAGCUCGAAGCGCUGCCGACCAGCAACCAGAAGAUGCACUUGUACCUGGGGAAGGCGAAGGUGAAGAAAGGUCAGGAGGUGACGGACUACAGGUUCUUCAUACGCUCCAUCAUCAGACACCAGGAUUUGAUCACGAAGGAGGCCAGUUUUGAAUAUCUGCAGAAUGAAGGCGAAAGGGUGCUGCUGGAAGCCAUGGAUGAACUGGAGGUGGCGUUCUCUCACCCGCUAGCGAAGCGGACCGACUGCAACCACAUAUUCCUGAACUUCGGUCCGACCGUCAUCAUGGACCCGGCCAAGAUCGAGGAGUCGGUGCUCGGUAUGGUCAUGAGGUACGGCCCCAGGCUGUGGAAGCUGCGCGUGUUGCAGGCGGAGAUACGGUUCACGCUUAGAAUCGGUCCGGGGGCGCCGACCAAGAACAUCCGUCUCUGUCUGUCCAACGGCUCCGGGUAUUCACUCGACGUGUACACGUACGAGGAGAUAUCCGACCCGAAGAUCGGCGUUAUCAUGUUCCACUCGUUCGGGCCGCGCCAGGGACCGAUGCACGGGCUGCCCAUCUCCACGCCCUACCUCACCAAGGACUACCUGCAGCAGAAGAGAUUCCUGGCAACAUCGCAAGGAACUACCUACGUUUACGACAUUCCGGAUAUGUUCCGUCAGGUUGUCGAGAAGAGGUGGAGGGACUGCAUCGAAGAUGGCACCGUAGAUGGUCCGCUGCCGGACACCGUGAUGUCAUUCGUGGAGCUGGUGGUGGAGCCCGACGGCGAGCGACGGGUCGUGGAGGUCACGCGCCUCCCCGGACAGAACAACGUCGGGAUGGUGGCGUGGCGUCUCACGCUGUUCACGCCCGAGUGCCCCGAGGGUCGGGACAUCAUUCUCAUCGCGAACGACCUCACGCACUACAUGGGGUCGUUCGGGCCCCAGGAGGACUGGGUGUACUACAAGGCGUCGCAGUAUGCGAGAGAACUCAAGAUACCGAGGAUCUACGUGAGCGUGAACUCCGGGGCCCGCAUCGGAGUCGCCGAGGAGGUGAAGGCGGAGUUCAGCGCGGCGUGGCUGGAGGCGGAGCGCCCGGAGCGCGGCUUCCGGUACCUGUACCUCAGCCCCCCGGCCUACGCCCGGCUGGCGCCGCUCGGGGCCGUCAAGGCGGAGCUCAUCGAAGACGAGGGGGAGGCCAGAUAUAAGAUCACGGAUAUUAUCGGCAAGGAGGACGGGCUGGGAGUGGAGUGUCUUCGGGACGCGGGGCUCAUCGCCGGCGAGACCGCGCAGGCCUACGAGGACAUCGUCACCAUAUCCAUCGUCACGUGCCGGGCCAUCGGCAUCGGGUCCUACGUUGUGAGAUUGGGUCAUAGAGUGAUACAAGUGGAGAGUUCAUAUAUAAUCCUGACCGGUCACGCCGCGCUGAACAAGGUCCUCGGGCGGGCGGUGUACGCCAGCAACAACCAGCUGGGAGGAGUGCAGAUCAUGCACCACAACGGAGUCUCCCACGCGGUGGCGCCCUCCGACCUGGACGCCGUCCGGACUGCGGUCAACUGGCUGGCUUUCGUGCCCAAGGACAAACUGAGCAUGGUGCCGAUAAUGCGCUGCUCCGACCCCGUGGAGCGGCCCGUGCUGUGGGUGCCGCCGCGGGGCCCGCACGACCCCCGCCUCAUGCUCAACGGGGACGGCGCCAGGCCAGGGUUCUUCGACCACGGCAGCUUCGACGAGAUCAUGGGCCCCUGGGCGCAGACUGUCGUCACCGGUCGAGCUCGUCUGGGCGGCAUCCCGGUUGGAGUGAUCGCCGUGGAAACCAGAACGGUGGAGCUGACGUUACCCGCUGACCCUGCCAACCUGGACUCGGAAUCCAAGACCCUGCAGCAAGCCGGACAGGUCUGGUUCCCGGAUUCCGCAUACAAGACGGCGCAGGCGAUUAACGACUUCUCCAGGGAGAAUCUGCCCAUCAUCAUAUUCGCCAAUUGGCGUGGCUUCAGCGGCGGACAGAAAGACAUGUACGAGCAGAUCCUGAAGUUCGGCGCGGAGAUCGUGCGGGCGCUGCGGGGGCCGGGGGGGCCGGUGCUGGUGUACGUGCCCCCGGGGGCCGAGCUGCGGGGGGGCGCGUGGGCGGUGGUGGACCCCAGCGUCAACAGCGCGCGCAUGGAGAUGUACGCCGACCCCGAAGCCAGAGGCGGUGUUUUAGAAGCGGAGGGCAUAGUCGAAGUUAAAUUCAAACAGCGGGACAUACUGAAAACCAUGCACCGGCUAGACCCCCAACUCCUCAGGCAAACGGCCAGGAUAUCAGAACUGAAGGAGCAAAUCAAAGAAAUCUCAAAGAACUUCGACAGGCGCGGCUCCAUUGAUGACGUCCUGGUUAAAACCGACAUUGGAAAAGCUGCCGAAGGUCGAGUCCGGGAGCUUGAGACCGAACUGCUGACAGCCGAGAAGGCUGUAAAGGCCCGCGAGAAAGAACUCGGUCCCAUCUACCACGAGAUAGCUGUACAGUUCGCGGAGCUGCACGACACCGCCGAGAGGAUGCUGGAGAAGGGCUGCAUCUCGGACAUAAUCCCGUGGCGCGAGUCCCGGCGGCUGCUGUACUGGCGGCUGCGGCGGCUGCUGCUGCAGGGCGAGCAGGAGCGGCGCGUGCAGGCGGCCGGACAGCACGCGCCGCCCGCGCCGCAGCACCAGGGGCUCGCCGCGCCCACGCUGCGGAGGUGGUUCGCCGAGGACCGGGGGGAGUUACAGUCCCACCAGUGGGAGCACGACAACGAGGCCGUGUGCCGGUGGCUGGAGGAGCAGGCCGGCGACGUCGACUCCGUGCUGGAGAAGAACCUCCGAGCCAUCAGGCAGGACGCCAUACUGCAGGCCGCCAACGCUCUAGUCGCGGAACUGACGCCGUCGCAGAGGUCGGAGUUCGUCAGGAAAAUAUCCGCUUUGGAUAUAGAACAAUAAAUAUAUAAAUAAUGAAAUUUUAUGUAUUGUAUAUAAGAGCAUUUAUGGGAACUGUGUUCUCGAAGAUUAAGACACGAACAGAGACGGGGGGUAUUAGGAAAUUAAAUUUAGCACGCAAUGCAAUGCAAGCUAAAGUCAGUCGCGUACGUAUUUCAUUGCGGGCUAUUGAAGUACAAGCUCACAAGAGAGCUAUAACUAUUUAUGCUUGAUUUAGUAAAUAAAUUUUGUUUUCCGUUCACUGCGGGCUGGUGGGCACGCCUGAGCGCGGUCCGAUCGCGCGUGACGUCACUUGGGGCCAAAAACACUUCGAACAAAUCACAGACACACAACGACCACUCACAUAUUGUCGUGUGACGCGUUGUGUGUUGAUGUGAAUGAAUAUUCGAAUUUUAAUAUAAUUUAUAUAAAAAGCUUUGAAAAUAAAUGGAUGAUUUAUUUAAUAAAAUUAAUUUGUAGAUUAAUAAUUUCUAGAUUGUUAUUGUUAUAAUUGGCAUUGUUGUUAGAGCGGUUGUUGUAGCCCACGGACUCCAGCAAUGUCGCGGUUCGCUGCCUACAAAAUUAUAUGACAAAUAGAACACCUAGUGUAUAUUAUAAAUCAAUACUUUUUUGUUUCACAAUUAAAACUAUUUUUAUAGUUUAAUCUUGCCUUUAUGAUAUUGAGAAGUGAAAGGCUAUUUUAAGCGACAUUUCGCUUAACACGCGACAUUUAUCUUUGUAAUUAACCGUUGUAACUAUACUGAGACCUUAGAACUUAUAUCU